AUUCGAUGCGCCCUGUUUGCGGAAACUUCAGCUUUUGUUCCGCGUCGUGUAUAACGAAGCUUGAGGUUUCACUCUUGAUAAGGCUUGGAUUCAUCCUCGAUUUAUGAUUUGAUCCCAGUGAAUGAAUGAAAUGCUUCCUUAUAUUUCCAUUAGAUUUCUAUUUAUAUUGUAUAGAGUAAAAUUGGAAUCUUGAUAUGUUUCUGCUAUUUUUUCAAUAUGGGGAUUAAUGUUUUGCUGGCCCUAUCCUUCAUUCUGAUUUUAACGCAGCUGCAGUGUAAGCUGGGUUAAAAAUGGCAGGUGGAGGGAAUUUUAUGCACAGAGUAAUCUCCUACGUGGUAAAUGAAUUGGUCGUGAACGGUCUUGCCAAUAGCCCCACAUUCCAGAGGCUUGCAGUGAGAACAUCUAAGAGAAUCGAAGACAUUUCAAAUAAAGCUACGCAAAAGAAGCAAGAGCUAGCGGAGCAGAUCAAGGACAUAUCAAAAAAAUAUGGAGAAUGAGAACCAAUGGAUUUGCUAUCUCCUGCAUUGGGAAGACAAUAGAGUAGGGUCCUGAUGAUCUCUGCGGAGGAGGUGGACGAAGUCUUGUGGACGUGCCAAGGAGUUCUUAUGUUAGUUUAGUCUAUCACACUAGUUCAAGCAAAGGUUCAGUGCCUGCUUUCUUCCAAGCUUUACUUUUCUGCAGGGCUGAGUACUAACAAAAAUUGGUUGGACUUUAUUAUAUUUUUUUUUUUUUUGGUACGCCCAAAUAUUUGUGAGUCUAAUCUAAUAGUUGGUUUCGGCUUUUACAAUUUAUAGCAUCUCGAGGAACCAAGUGGCUGGCCAAUAGAGUGUAAGUCUGCUAAAGGUGUAUAACGUUUUAACUUCUGGAUGGUCAUCUUGUAUUUUAUCAACUGAAAUAACUCAAUUAUGGUGCUGGUGAAUCACCUAUAUUCCAAUAGGGAGGUGGUGGAGGAUGAAAAGUUGUGCUUUUUCAUGAA